AUGGUGAGCAAGUACCGUCGUCUGCUCCAGCAUGACGCCCGUGGGGAGAAUGACCAGGAAGACGGGGAGGGUGAAGAUGUGAAGCAGAAGCAGCAGCAGAUGAAUUGCCGUUUGCAGAGGACCUCAGUGCGGAGCUGUGUUGCUGCUGCUGCUGGGGAGGAGGAGGAAGAGGAGGACGGCAUUGCCCUAGACAACGUGCAUGAGGAAGCUGCAACGAAGAGGGAAGGAGGAGGCAAAAAAAUGAAGUCUGCAGACGCAGCAGAUGCUGCCACAGGCGCGGCUGACUCCGCGGCUCGCCGGUUUGGAAGAGGGCCAAAGGAGGGGGAUCGUGCGGGGAUCGCAGCGGGGGAUGCUGAAGAGGCCGCGCGGGGGCACACCGCGCCAGGGGGGCGUGACACGAGGGAUCGUCCCCGUAAUACCACUAAUAAUGAUAAUGAGGCUGUGGAGGACGGCGAAGGCGAAAGAGAGGAAGAGGAGGGAGAAGAGGCUGAAGCCAUAGAGCACGAAGAAGCAGAAGAGGAGGAGGAGGAGGAGGAGGAGGAGGAUGCCGAGGAAGCUGCAAUGACGGGGAGUAGUGGUCCGCGGUUUUAUUCGUGCGACGCCUGCCCGCAUGCCGUCUUCACCACACACGCCGCCCUGCUCUCCCACGCGGAGGAGCGGCACGCGGAGCUUGUGCCUGAUCACGCGCGCCUGCACCGCCUCGCCGAGAAGGUGAGUAAGGUGUGGGCGCGGGCUCUCAAGGCACGCCGCGAUGCUAUUGCACUGUGGGGGAAAAAGGUUUUUGUGGUCGCCGCCCAACGUGAUGCGGGGGAGGCUAAAAUGCAGGAGGCCCACCGAGCCCGUGCGCAGUUGGAGACAGUCGUGCGUCGCUGGCACGAAAAGGCGCGCGUCUUUAUCUUUGGCAGCUCCGUCGCGAUGGGGGUGUGGGACGGCAUGGCGGACAUCGACUUUGCCGUGGUGGAUGUGGAGGCCCUGGACGCCGGCAACUGGCCGCCUCUCGAGAAGAACGCUGUGCGCUCCAUCACGGAGCUGCUGCGACGCGCGGGGUUUUCGUUUGUCAACCUUGAGCCCAUUAGCCACGCGCGGGUGCCGAUCAUCAAGCACCACGCAUCUUCGCCAAUCCUCACCGUGGCGCGCAAGGACGCCGAGGACGUCGUGGCUCGGAGUGUGCGGUUUGUCCUAAACGCCCCCGCCUCCAGAGAGGAUCGUGUGAUGUUGGAGGGAAGCGUGCGGGACGCCGUGGGGCCCGCGGGGGUGCAGCAGGUGUGGUGGAAUCGCACGGGGGAUGUAAUGUCCAUGACGCUGGACAGCACCACGACGGCCAUUCGGGCGGCGGUGUGCUCGCCCGCCUUCGUGACACCCGCCCUGCGUGCCAAAGUGCAGCCGGUGCACGACGAAUGCCGGCCGGAGUUGUACAACGUUGACUUUGACCUCAGCUUUCGCGCGUUUGGCAUUCGCAACUCCAACCUGUUGCGCCAGUACCUGCUGAGUCACCCGUGCGCCCGCCCCGGGGCCAUUGUGCUGAAGGACUGGAGCAAGACCAGCGGGGUCAACAACUCCGUCAACGGGUACUUUACGAGCUACGCGGUCAAUAUUAUGUGGAUUUACUACCUCAUCCAGAAAAACUACGUCCCCUACGUGGAUCCGCUUGACAUCUCGGCGUCGUUGGUGAAUGAAACGAACUUUGACCCCAAGUACACCCCCAUGCUGGACCCGGCACUCACCCCGGACGAGCUAAACGUCUUGUACGAAAACGCCGGCAACAUGUUGGUGGGGUUUUUCUACUUCUACUCCUUUGAGUUUGACUGGGAGCACCACGUCAUCUCGCUCAAUCGCCCCGGCGUCACGACGAAAAAGAUGCUCGGGUGGCACGUGGAGGAUGUCGUGCCGCCCAUGUCCUCCUCACUGGGCGGCGGCGUCAAUAGCCUCAAUGGCGGGGCGAGCGGCGGCGGUGUCGCCGCCGCCAAGCGACACCCCACGCGGUACGAGCUGUGCAUCGAGGACCCGUACGAGGAAAACCUGAACCUGGGUCGCCACAUUGGCAUCACAAAGUCGCUGCGGGUGCGUACGGAGCUCUACCGUGGGCUCCUCUCGCUGUUAAAGGACGGGGAGAAGGAGUCCUGCGUCUUUGCCUCGACAGACCUGGCCAACGCCGCGGACGCCGCGGGGCCGCUCUCCUCGAAGCUCCCGGUGCGGGCGCUGUUUAGGCUCAUGGCGCUGACAACGCAGGCCAUCGCGGUGUCCAAGCGCCUGUCGAGUGGGCGUGUCACGAGCAGCGAGCUUGCUGGCGACGGCGCCACGCGUGGGACGACACCCGACGCGUCGACCGCGUCCUCAGCGCCGGCCUCGGCGGGCGUCCCCGAGAAGCAGCUGGAGAAGAUAUUUCUUGAACAGGCGGCGUUGGAGUACCAACUCACGCGCAAGGUGUGGAACUGGCAUCAACUCAUCCACCGCCUGGGGUACAAGAUCCACCGUGGCCAUGUGGUGCCGCGGCGGGAGUUGGGGGUGCGCUGCUUCGCCAAGCGAGACGGCGAGGAGCCGAAAAGUGACACACAAAGCGGCAGGAAUCCGGCGGCACGAGGGCGGGAUUUGACGGAGAGCAUUUUGCGCGACCUCAGUCGCGGCUUCAUGACGCUUACGCCGGAGUGGGUGGCGUGGUCCACCCCCUGGGCGAGCCAACAUCUGCGCGGCUACAGUCGACUGACGGCCACCGCAGAUGCACCCGUUUCUGCGGGCGCAUCCGCCUCCCCGUGGGCUGAGGCGGCGGCAUCAGGUGGAGAGCCUGCGGUGGGGCCCCUGCGAGGGACGCGGCGUAAUGCAUUUCCCAUGAUACGAAGGACGCUGCCACUGCCCAUGCCAAGGGAAAGGACGACGGCGGAACGCGUGGCGUCCGCAGUUGCGCAUCUGUGUCGUGGUGUCAAACGCGCCUUGCCGUCAACAUUGACUCGACCGAGGUAG